AUGCUUCUAGCCCUCAAGAUCCUCAAAGGCCUCCGGAACCAUGAACCAGCAGCAGACGCACGCCUCGAGGUCAUCAACGCAUUCCUUCUCUCGAUCAAGCGUGCCGCCGACCUAGCCAACCUCGAACCCAAGGACCCCAGUCUUCCCCCUUCCACCAAUGCCAAGACCAUCAACAUAUUCCCCAAAGAACUCCAAUACCUCAACACCACAAAAGCCGAGACCCAUCUCCGGCGCGUCCAAGCCGCGCGCAACCAGGACCCAACAGCUGAGCAAUUCACUAAUGCCGAGCUGGAUGUCGAAGUCCAAGAGCGUGGGAAACUAACGGAGUUCAUGCAUGAUACGUUCCGGCGGAGGAAGGGAAACGUCAACCUAGCUGUCAUCAUGGGUUUAGCACCGUGGACUAACUUCGCUGCUGCGGAUCAGGCGGGGCGGACGGAGGGUACGAGGAGUGCAGAGGAGAGGAGGAGGUUGUGGGAGGAGCCUGAGACGCCGGGGAAUGUUAUUGUGGUUAAGUGGGAGGAUAAUGUGAUGACCAUAUACGACCCCUCAUGGUCCACCAACAGCCGCACCUACUACCGAGACGGAAAAGUCCUCCGCCUGCGUGAAAUCAGCGGAUGGUCCCUCGUAGCUGCGCUGCGGACGGCGAUUAACAAGCAGGGAACGAAUGUGCGGCUUAUUCAGGGAGGCGGGGGUGGCAAUCAUCAUGGCGAGUCCCGAAGGAUGUCGUAUCGUUGGCUUGUGGAGGAGGUUAUUGCGGCGAUUGAGCCUGCUGAGGCUAAGCCUGUUCGGUGCACGGAUUGGGUGAAGAUCGUGGCGUGA